CACAACAUGAUCAAGGUACUGCCCAGAUGAAAGAAGUUAUGUUGCCGUGGAGAGAGGGACCUCCACAUGUGUCUUCUGUAGAUGUGAUGGUUGUCACCUACCCUUUGCUGUCAGGGUUUUAAUGGAUGCAUGGAGAUUCUGCUGCCUACUUAAGAACGUUAGAAAAUUCUGCUGCUUCCUACAUCCUAUCUACAGGAUGCUGAAGAUUAUACCAUCACAUGAAUGGGGGUUAAGAAUUUCCCUCUGGAGAGACUGAAAUGAUGGAGCAAAACAUGGAAAGACUACAAAAAUGGCAAAGAGAAGUUGAAAUUAAUCGUCGCUCCUUAGAAGAGAAAAGAAAAGAACGGGAAAAGGAAGUAUUACGUCAGCUACGUGCCCUACAGACAGUGGCUCAGCAGUGCAAGGAGAUCAAACUCAACCAGGACUUGCAGCAAGCCAAGAAUGAUUACGAUGGUCUACGGGCAGAACUUGACAACGAAAUGAAGAAGGAAAAAAACCUUCUUUGCUGCCAGUCUGAUGAAAAAUCACGAAAAAUCCAUCAGCUGGAAGAAGCACUAAAAAUAGCCCAGCACCUUCUAAAGGAGACCCAGAAGAGCGCUGAAGAGAUGAAAAAUCAGAGUUUGUUUCAGAAAAGAGAAUUGGAAGCACAAGAAGCCGAGCUUCAGCAUCUAAAAAUCAACAAUAAAUUGCUCCAGGAUUCAAUCCAGGAGCUACAACGUGAAAAUGGAACCCUUAAGAAUAAGAACAAGGCUUUAGAAGAAGAAAAAUUGGACAAUCUGAAGUCUACAAUUCAACUGAAGAAGCAAAAUGGAUUUGCUUGCAGUGAGACGAAGACGUGGAGGAAAUCCUGUGCUGAUGAGGUUGCCAUCUCCCUACAUGAGAAUGAGCCAGAGUAUGAACUAGACGGACUCCCAGAGGUGGUGAAAAAAGGGUUUCCUGCUAUUCCUAUUGUGAAAACCGACCCUUACAUUUUAUGCAGAACAACUUUUAACCUAAGGACCAGUCCCCGUCUUGCUGCCCAAAGCCAAAAAUUGUCACCGGGUUCCCAACUUUUACGAAAAGGCAGGUCAGAUAAUCUUGGGGAGAUCUGUAAACCGACAGCUGGUGGCAGCAAAUCACAAAAGGUAGAUGAUACUCAACAGUGCCAAGCAGAAACAGCUAUUGAACCCAUGGAAUCUAGUUCAAGAUCUCUUGGCAUAAAUGAGCAACCCAGAAAAACUGUUGCUCAGACCUCUAGGGAGAAUAUUAACACUCACAAAGGCAGAUGUUCCUUGAGCACACAAACAUCACCUGAGCAAAAUGAAGAAGGCAAAAACUGUAUAAUACUGUAAACCUGAGUAGUAUAAGGGCCCUACCGUCAAUAAAACCCUAACCCUGCCUCUU